AUGCUCGACUCCCUCCCGGCUCUCUUUUCCAUCGCCAACCACCAGGUCUCGCUCCCUCCGAGGCAUCCUGACCACGUCCCGCGCGCGUUUCUAAAUCUACCCACCGUGGAGGAAGACGACAAUACAAGAGAGCCUACGGGCAGUUUCCACUAUCAUCUUGCUCCCGCUCCAAAUAGUGCUCCCCACGACCAAGACCGCUUCUAUCUUCCAAAACUCGCUACAACAGACCGUCGUCUAUCAGACCCAGUUCAACUCACCGGCACACAUUAUACCUAUGCUUCAUAUGACGACCCUUCUCCCCACACUCCCGAUUCUCCCUUCUUGCCAGGCUCUUUGCGUCAGCAGGCUGCCUCAGACUGGAAGCAAGAGGAGCUUUCGCCGCCUUUUUUCGGCUCUCCCCAAUACGCGGUCAGGCCUGACGAAAAUACCUAUGGCCCAUCUCCACCAGGAACUGCUACUUCGUCAUCAUCCACCCCCACAACACAGCCAGCAGUCCCCCCACCUGCCUCAACGACAGCUGCGACAAAUCAAGACACCGAAGCGAGCAGAAAGACAUAUUCCUUUGUCGCGCUUCCUGGUAAUACUGUUCGCAAACGGCCGCGGCGCCGAUAUGAUGAGAUAGAGCGUCUAUACCACUGUUCGUGGCCUGACUGCAAUAAGGCGUAUGGUACUCUCAACCACCUCAACGCCCAUGUCCAAAUGCAGAAACACGGUCCGAAACGGAGUCCGAAUGAAUUCAAAGAGCUCAGGAAGCAAUGGCGCAAAGCUAAGAAGGAACUCGAGUCGCCAUCACACCAUCCACAGUUCGGUCUUGGAUUCGGUGGAGUGCCUUCUAGUGUUCAGCUCUCUGGGAGUGCAGGACCGAUUCGACGAAGUAUGAGCACCAUGAACUUGCGUCGAGACGACAUCUAUCAUCAGCCCUACUCGACACAACAACAUCAACGGUCUUAUUCUCAUGGAUCAACUCUUUCGCCUCCGUCUCUGGGUGUGACGAUUCCUCGUCACCACGAUUCGUACGGCAGCUAUGGCGUUGCUGAAAGUCAGAGCCCGCAGAGCGCGUAUUCGCUUACAAGCGCCAGUGACUAUCGCAGCUCCACAUCUAGUUCAACAUCGGGCAUGCCGUCCUCCUGGCCGCCUGCCUUUUCACACUCUCCCAUUCAUGGGUAUUCGACAUCUUCGUCUUAUUCGCUUGCCAGUCCGACAGGCGAACACAGCAGCUCAUCAUACCAACGAUCUCCAGUGCGAAGUUCGAGUACUGGUGGUCUGCCUCCCAACAGCAUGUUGUUGACACCUCUCGGUUCAUCUCGAGAACCCCAAGGUUAUGAUAACAGCUACUACGACGACGAUAAAGGGCAUCGCCGGUCGAACAGUAGGAGUGAAGGCUAUUGA